UUUGUGUAAUGCACUUGUAAUAAGACAGUUAUAAAUAUCAUGAGCGAGGGUGGACUUCUCUAAGGAGUUCUCUUCCAUUCAACACAAUACCGUGAUAAAGGAUGUAGUUAGUGAACAGCUAAAGUGGACGAGGGUUUACAAACAACAUGAAACUAAUACAUAAGAACAUGAAUCAAAGUCUGAUCGAGUCUCCUUUAUUAAACACCGACCUGACGAAAAGCAAAAUGGAGAGGUGGGUGGAAGCUCAGGCCAAAGGGGAGAAGAUUGAUAUAAACGUGUACGGGAAAGCAUCAGAGAAGCAGCUCAAAGAAUUAGAAAACGUCAGGAAUUUAAACAAGGAGCUUCAAGAUCAAUUGCGCGAUCUGGAGAACACAGUCCGCAUUGCUGCAAUUGAGAACGAAGCGAUGAAUCCAGCUGCGGAAAUUUUGGACUCCUCAGAAGACCACGAAUUCAUGUCCGCUAACCAACUGGAUGAUUUGUAUGCAGAAGAAGACGUGGCCGAGGCUAAAGAAGAAGAAAAGAGAAGACUGACAAAGGGUAACGCUUCGAAAACUGUGAUACAGCAGUUUUAUAAAGACCAGUGUGUUUUGGUUACGGGUGGUACAGGAUUUUUGGGUAAAGUAUUACUAGAGAAGCUGUUAAGAUCUUGCGGUGACGUCGAUACAAUCUAUGUAUUAAUUCGAAGCAAGAAAGGAAAAGAUCCCAGAGUACGACUGCAUGAAAUGCUGGAUGACUUGCUAUUCUUUCGAGCUCAUGAAGAAAAUCCUAAAGGCAUUCAUAAAGUUAUACCCAUAGACGGCGACAUGGCGUUACCUGGACUUGGCAUUAGUGAAGAAGAUAGAAAAACUAUCACUAGCAAGAUAACAAUCAUAAUAAAUGCAGCAGCUACAGUUAAAUUUGAUGAAAAGUUAUCAAUAUCUACUGCUAUUAACGUUAAGGGAACUAAAGAGGUUAUCAAACUGGCCAAAGAGUGCAGAAACUUGAAAGCCAUCACGCACGUAUCUACGGCAUUUUCUAACACGCAUGUCGAUUAUAUUGAAGAGAAAUUCUACGAACCGCCUAUGUCUGUCGAAGCAUUAAAAGCUGUAUCAGAGUUGGAUGAUGACCUUAUAGAUGCCAUUUUACCUACCGUUCUCGGUAAUCGUCCGAAUACAUAUUGCUUCACCAAAGCAAUUGCGGAAGAAGCUGUCAGAAAAGAUGGCGAAGGAAUGCCCAUCUGUAUUGUUAGACCAUCUAUAGUUCUAUCGACAUAUGAAGAACCUUUUCGCGGUUGGACUGAUAGUAUUUACGGACCCACUGGUCUCAUUAUUGGCACUGGUACUGGGGUCCUUCGAACUAUGUAUAUAGAUAUGAACAAAGUAGCUGAUAUGGUCCCUGUGGAUCUGACAGUCAAUGCAAUACUCGCAUCAGCCUGGUACACAGCCAAAAACUUUAAAGAAAACCAAACCUCAGAUAUUCCGAUAUACAACUUCGUUUCUGGCGCCCAAAAUCCGUGCACAUGGGGAACAUUUGUUGAGUUGAAUAGAAAAUAUGGACUUGAUAUACCUACCAUCAAAGCUGUGUGGUACUAUGGCCUUACUGCAACAAAUAAUUAUUAUAUGUUCUUGUUUUACAACUUCUUUUUACAUUAUAUACCAGCGCUAUUGAUCGAUGCUUAUAACGUGUUGAGAGGAAGGCAACGUGUAAUGUUAAAAUUCUACUCGAAAAUCAUGAAAAUGACAAAGAUAUUAUUCUAUUUCUCAACACAGCAAUGGAAAUUUAAUGAUGAAGGCGUAAAAAAUAUGUGGAAUGCACUAUCUGAGGAAGAUAAAGUCGUAUUUCCAUUUUCUAUAGGAGAAAUGUCGUGGGAUAGACUCUGUGAGAAAUUUUUGCUUGGUCUGCGUGUCUACAUUGUUAAAGACGAUUUAUCAACUUUGCCGGAGGCGAGGAAGAGGUGGAACAGAUUGUUCGUGUUUCAUCAAAUGCUCAAGUUCGGCACCUUUUUAAUCCUCGUGACCUUCACCUAUCUAUUAUUGAAGCCCAUUAUAUCAGUGUUCUUCAGUUGAAUUACAAUUCACCAAACUUCUGUAUAUUCUUAGUUACAGUAAUUAUCGAUAGAUACGGGUUCUUGAGUCCUGUCAGAAGCUUUUAAAUUAUUUCGAUUAAAUAUGCUAAUAUAUAUGUAUAUGUACAUAUAUAUUAGCGUAUUUAAUUGAAAUAUAUAGUGAUAAUUUAAACAUUUUCCAUUUAAAUAUAGUAAAAAAAUAUGUACAAAACUUUUUAUAAUAAUUUCUUUUAUAUACAAUUAAAUAAAAAAGUGAUUAACAAAGCAGAUAAGCAAGAAUUACGCUGUUUACAUAUACGAUUAUUUUUUUAUAUUUCUAAAUUACGCAAUAAGUUUAUUUGGGAAAUGUAACUUAUCCAUGAAAAAUAGUAAAGUAAAAAAAGUAUUGUAAUUUUCAACUUUUUUUUUCCACGGGCUCUUGGUAUUGUUGUUGGGAUAUGGAUCUAUUAUGGUUGUUAGAUUAAUAUAAAAAUAUGUAUAAAUGAUGAUAUUGUCAAAAUGAUUAUGGAAAGGUCUUGGUGGCCCCAAAUUUGUCAUAAGACAAAUAACUGCGUGUAAAAUUAUGUUUCUAUAUUAUGAUUAUGUAGAUACAUUUUUUAGUUAUUAUAAGCAACGUUUAUAAAUAAAGUAAUUAAUUUACA